GAGAGAGAGGUCGCCGCUGGCUCAGUGCGGCGCUGGCCGUCCCAGCAUCCAGCUCGACAGUGGAGUGACAGUGGAGUGACAGUGGAGUGACAGUGGAGUGACCAGUUGUCGCCGAGAUGAAGCCGUCCCUGACCGGCGGCCGGGAGGACGGCCUGGCAGCAGAGACGCGAGUCCCCGCCGAGCAGCGGGCCAGCACCAAGACCUUCAGCACGGCGCUCCCGCAGGUGCUGGCCACCUCGGCCAAGAACCUGCUGCUCACGGGCUACGGCAUGACGCUCGGCUUCCCCACCAUCGUGAUCCCGGCGCUGAGGGCCGACCCCGCCGCCAACAUGACCGCCCUCAACGACACCCACGACCCGCUGCUGCUGUCCGAGGAGCAGAUCUCGUGGUUCAGCAGCAUCAACCUGAUAUGCGUGCCGGUGGGCUGCAUGGUGUCGGGAGUGCUGACGCAGCCGCUCGGCAGGAAGCGCUCCAUGAUGCUGGUGAACAUCCCGUUCCUGAUCGCCUGGCUCAUGUUCCACUACGCCUCAUCGGUCGCCAUGCUGUACACCAGCCUUGUGCUCACGGGCCUGGGCGGAGGCCUGCUCGAAGCGCCGGUACUAACAUACGUAGCAGAAAUUACACAACCUCACCUUCGAGGGAUGCUGUCUGCAACUUCCUCGAUGUGCGUGAUCUUGGGAGUGUUCAUCCAGUUCAUAAUGGGCACUCUGAUGACGUGGAGGACAGUGGCCGCUGUCAACGUCACGUUCCCUUUGAUUGCCUUCGUGAGCCUGUGCUUCGUGCCGGAGAGCCCGCACUGGCUCAUCAGCAAGGACCGGCUGGAGGACGCGGAGAGGUCCCUGUGCUGGCUACGGGGCUGCGUGGAGCCCCCCGCGGUGAAGGAGGAGUUCCAGGCCGUGGUGGAGUCCCUGCGGGGGAAGCAGCCCCCCGACGCGGGCGGGCGCCCCCCCUCCUGGUUCUCCUGCAACUGGAGGAGCUACACCAAGGGCACGUUCCUCAAGCCCUACCUGCUGGUGGCCCUCGGCUUCUUCGUCGGCAACUUCUCGGGCAUGACCACGCUGCAGACGUACGCCAUCAGCAUCUUCUCCGCGCUGGGCGCCCCCGUCGACAAGUACGUGGCGGCCGUGUACCUGGGACUGGUGGAGCUGGCCGGAACCCUCGUCUGCGUGGUGCUGGUGCACUGGACGGGCAAGCGGCCGCUCACCUUCGUCUCCACCGUGGGCAACGGGUUGUGCUUCAGCGUGGUCGCCACCUACGCCUACCUGCUCCACAGGGACUCCUCGGCGGUGAUCGAGACCAACCCCUACUCCUGGAUCCCCCUCUCCUUCCUGAUGGGGGCCGCCUUCCUGUCGCACCUGGGCAUCCGGCUGCUCCCCUGGAUCCUCAUCGGGGAGGUGUACCCCCCCGAAGUUCGCGGAGUGGCCAGCGGGGCCUCGGGAUCCAUCGGCUACAUCUUCGGCUUCGCCGCCAACAAGGUGUACUUCUCCAUGCUGCACACGCUCACCCUGCAGGGCCUGUUCUACCUGUACGGCCUCACCAGCUUCCUGGGCUGCCUGGUGCUGUACUACACCCUGCCCGAGACGGAGGGCCGGACCCUGCUGGAGAUAGAGGAGCACUUUGCCGGCAAGAGGAACCUGCUGACGGAGAAGACCAAGCGGCAGGCGCGCGAUGCCGAGAAGUGGGCCGCCGCCAAUCCUGCCUUGGUUAACGAGGACAUGGUGUCUUACUUCUGAUUCAGUUAGCUAUUCCUUCUUCUUGUAAAUUAAUUUCAAUAAAUUGUUUUGUUAUUUA